CGCCUGGAGGCGCAGCCAAGCACCGAUGACAUAACGCAUGCCAAGACGCCUGGUCGCCACUUCUUGUUUCGGGACCACGUUCCUCCUUGCCGGCAUUCAGCCGCCUCUGAUCUCCGCCAACUCUCUACUCCAUAGCCUUGGGAGCCAGGAUCCGAGACCCACAUUCUACACUCGCUCCACCCGACGACUCCCUUCGCUCCCCCAAGGCGCUGUACCCGACUACUGCCCCCUCUUACCCAUAUCGCCCUUGCCUGGCUGUACCUGAACUGCCUGGUCGGUGGCAGAAGGGUGCGCAGCGCCCUCCCCAGGAACGAGCCGCCUGCCACGAACCCACAUGAAUCCUUUGUCCCCACUUCCGAGCGUCCGUGCUUAAUCAUACCAAUGGCGCAACCUCAACUGCCUGCCUCUCUGUUCGCUGGCAAUCCGGCUGCGUCAAGCACGCCCCAGGUCGCCCUCACCUCCACCACGCCGACCACCGGCAACGCCGCCAACAACACCUUCGUCAUGUCUGCGAGCCCUACGCGAAAUCGGAGGUCUACCACGGAGGGCUACAAGCCCAAGCUCAUAACCACCGUUGGCGCGAAGCCCGCGUGCCUUGUCAAUGCCUCGGUAACCUAUGUUGGCAAAGACGAGAUCUACGCUUUCGGCGGCUUCGACCAAUUCACUGACGAAGUUUAUAACCACGUACUCCGCUUGAAUCUCGUUACUCGCCAAUGGAAUCUAGUUGACAACUAUGGCGACAUACCCGGCGUUCGGAUGGGACACACUGCUUGCCUUUGGCAGGGUGACAAGCUGUUAGUCUUUGGCGGCGAGAAUGAGCAUCGACAGCAUCUCGCCGAUGUAAUCGUAUUCGAUCUGAAGACGGCCCACUGGACCCAGCCCGAAUUGCACGGUCCCACGCCCCGCGGCCGCGCUCGCCACUCCGCAGUAAUCUACGACGAGAAAUUGUACAUCAGCGGAGGUCAGACUGGGCAUGACAGCGUGCUUGACGACAUCUGUUUUUUGGACUUGAAGACAUGGACUUGGUCGCGGACUUGGAGAUUCGUACCCCGUUACGAUCACGCGAGCUGGAUCUGGAAUGGUCGUAUCUGGAUAUUUGGUGGCAUCAACGACGAGAUGGAGAAGAACAACGAGAUCUGGUGGUUGGACCUCCGGGGCAGUCCAGGCUUCGAGACGGCUAUGAACUAUGGCACCGUGGACCGGACACUGCUUUCUUCACGACACCGCUUCCCAACUUCUGCAUCAGGCUCGCUUGCUACUGGUAGUACUGGCUAUACCGCGAACUCUAGCGUGCAGUCUAGCUCUCUGGGACCUUCUCGAUCUCCGUACGGCACUGCGCCCGGAUCCAUAUCCUCUCUGAAGUUCCACUCAAGCCCAAAUCUCCCUUCACAGGCUGCGGGUAUGCAUUUUCACGUGUUUUCUUCGGGUUGCAUGCUCGACUUCGUCACCCCCGCAGAGCUGAGCUGCGAGACGAGUCUCUCCAGUUUAGAGCUCGAUGUCCUUCGUUGGCAGAAGCUUGCAGAUGGGAAAGACAUGUAUAACCCAAACUAUCGCUGGCACUACUGUACCACCAAUGCAGAAGGCACUCACGCUUGGCUCCUCGGUAGUCCUGCUGAACCAGCUGCGGAUGGCAACGGCGUGAGCCCUGGAGAAUAUCUCAGCGAUGUAUUGGCCAUUGAUUUGCGCAAAUACGGCAUUCUUGGCAAUGAACUGGCAACCGAUCCUCGGUCGAAGUUGCCAUCCUCUGAUGCCAAUGUGACGUCUCAUUUGACGGGCAUCGGCGCUGAUUUAUCUUUAACCUUUGACAGGCCCCCAGAGUCGGGCAGCGGAGCUGACUUCAUCGUCACAGCAGAUCCGGAUGAUCUUGAAGAUGUUACUUCGCCGACAGACGACUCAAAGACGGCAGUCGCACCUGUUUCGCAGCCGAUCCACGUCCAUAGGUUUAUUCUACAUGCUCGUUGGCCACACUUUGCUCGACUUUGGAGUGCCCAGAUGGUCGAGUUCCAUUCUAAAAAGAUGCACAUUCCCGAGCCGUACUCUGCAGUGCGGGCGUUCCUUUUCUACCUCUACACGGACAGCAUUGCACCCCAUCCAACGAACGGACCAACCCUGAACGAUGUUGCCGGCAUGCUUGUCAUGUCCAACAUUUACGACAUGCCGCGCUUGCGUCUACUCAGCGUCAAUCGAUUGAGCCGCGAACUGGACAUUGAACACGCAGCCAUCAUAUGGGAACGCGCUGGAACCGCGAAUGAAGAAUGGUUGAAACGUCGGGCGGCAGCCUUCUGCUUGAGCAAUUGGGGCAAGAUCGUCCGCACAGCCGGCUUCCGAGCUCUUGGUCCCUUGGCCAUCAUGGAUCUUUGCGCCGAGGCCGAUAUCGACUCUCGCGUUGUGGGCGGAGAGGAGCUCGAAAUGUUGGGCCAGCUCAAUCGCCCGUUCGCCACCAACCGCAAGCGUAGCCUUGGUAGCGCAGGUGUCCUCACGGCUGGUGAGGAAGAAGAAGACGGCGAGGUGGAAGACGACGGUAUGGACGUAAACUAGGCGCUCCUCCGGGUGUGGAGGAAAGGGAAGUGCAUUCACCGGGCGUUUUCGUUAUCUGGGCGGGUCGUACAUUUUGCAUUCAUGAAGAGCGUGGCGUUGGUCAUUUGGCGCUUCGAUAGGCAGACUUCACUCUGCGAUGCUGCCGUGGGAAGCUCUAUUUCGUAACCGAACGUCUUGGGAUGGGUUGGAAGGGCAUCAUAUUGGCGUCUUGGUUGGUCAUGAAUGACGAUUAAAAUGUCGAGUAGCAUUAAGAAUGAAUAGAUGACUCCAUUAAGGGUGAUUAGAUGACCCCAGAGUGUAUCAGCUUAUCUUCCGUCAGUCCUGAUGUGCUGUUAUAUUGCUGUGAAUGAUAGCAGCCAAGUAGGGCGGUAUUACAGUGCAUGGUCUGAUGAGGCUAGGUCGACCGCCCUGAGGAGGUGGAGGUCAGUAAGAUGACUGGACAGAGUACUGUUGAUCGAUAUUUAUAUUCUAAGUCUGUUCGU